GGGUUGGGCAGUGGGAAGAGGCCUGCGGUAGGCGCGUACGCCGAAGGGAGUAGCUCUCCGGCUGCGGCUGGAAUGUGGGGCGAGCAAGCGAAGUAGGGAGGAAACGCCGGAGAAGGCAGUCUGGGGAGCUUCUAAUGAAGAUUUUUUCAUACCUAAGCACCGAUAGCUGAGUUUUCUGAUAUUGAAGCUGUCUGGAUCCAACAUGUAGCAGAUAAGCUACUAUGUCAUCACACUCGUUACUUCUAGCCCACACUUUUGUCUUUUAAAUCUCCUUGUAUAUCAGCAGUGAAUGAAUCAUCUUAAGAAUUCCUUUUUGGACUUUGUUGACUAAAAUUCAAGUUGGAUUUCAAGUGGUAUUGAUUAAACUGAGGAACAAUGAGUAGUGGUCUUGGAAAAGAAAAAGAUUGUAAGGAGAAGGAUCCCAAAGUGUCUUCAGCAAAAGAAAGGGAGAAAGAGACCAAGGCCUCUGGUGGAUUUGGGAAAGAAAGUAAAGAUAGAGAGUCUAAAGCCAAAGGGAAGGAAGCCAAAGAUGGGAAGAAGGACUCCAGUAGUGCACAGCCAGGUGUGGCUUUUUCAGUAGACAACACAAUAAAACGACCUAAUCCAGCACCAGGUGCCCGCAAAAAAUCCAGUAAUGCUGAGGUGAUCAAAGAGCUAAACAAAUGUCGGGAAGAAAAUUCAGUACGUUUGGACUUGGCUAAGAGGUCUAUACAUCUGCUCCCAUCAUCUAUCAAAGAGUUAACCCAGUUGACGGAACUUUAUUUAUAUGGAAAUAAGUUACAGUCACUACCCGCUGAGGUGGGCUGUCUUGUGAAUCUGGAAACUUUGGCCCUAAGUGAGAACUCACUCACAAGCCUUCCUGACUCUCUUGGUAACUUGAAACAGCUUCGCAUGGUUGAUCUACGGCAUAACAAAUUGAGAGAGAUUCCUCCUGUGGUGUAUAGGCUGACUUCCCUGACUACACUUUAUCUGCGCUUUAAUCGUAUCACUGCAGUGGAAAAGGAUAUCAGAAACUUGUCCAAUCUCACCAUGCUAAGCAUACGGGAGAACAAAAUCAAACAGCUCCCUGCAGAAGUUGGUGAGUUGUGUAACCUCAUAACGCUGGAUGUAGCCCACAAUCAGCUUGAACAUCUUCCAAAGGAGAUUGGAAAUUGCACACAGAUCACCAAACUUGAUCUACAGCACAAUGAACUUUUGGACCUUCCAGACACUAUAGGAAAUUUAUCUACUUUGAAAAGCCUUGGUCUAAGGUAUAACCGUCUCUCAGCAAUACCCAGGACUCUAGCACAGUGCAGUAAACUUGAUGAGUUGAAUUUGGAAAAUAACAUUAUUUCUACUUUGCCAGAGGGUCUCUUAUCCAGUCUUGUGAAUCUGACUAGUUUAACUCUGGCAAGGAACUGUUUUCAAUCCUAUCCCGUGGGUGGCCCUUCACAGUUCUCUACUAUCUACGCGCUCAAUAUGGAGCAUAACCGCAUUAAUAAAAUUCCUUUUGGAAUUUUUUCUAGAGCAAAAGUAUUAAGCAAGCUGAACAUGAAGGACAAUCAGCUGACGUCCCUUCCCCUGGAUUUUGGGACAUGGACCAGUAUGGUGGAACUCAACUUAGCUACAAAUCAACUCAACAAAAUUCCUGAGGAUGUAUCCGGACUUGUUUCGCUUGAGGUUCUUAUAUUGUCAAAUAACCUUCUAAGAAACCUCCCCCAUGGCAUUGGAAAUUUGAGGAAACUGAGAGAAUUGGAUCUAGAGGAAAACAAGCUGGAAUCUUUGCCAAAUGAAAUAGCAUACCUUAGGGAUCUGCAGAGACUGAUCCUAACAAAUAAUCAGUUGAGCACUCUUCCUAGAGGAAUUGGUCACCUUAUCAAUCUGACGCAUCUUGGACUGGGAGAAAACUUUCUUACACAGCUUCCUGAGGAAAUUGGUACACUGGAGAAUCUGGAAGAAUUGUAUCUAAAUGAUAACCCACAUCUGAACAGCCUUCCUUUUGAACUGGCUCUUUGCAGCAAACUGUCUAUAAUGAGCAUUGAGAACUGCCCGCUCAGUACCCUUCCAGCUCAAAUUGUUGCAGGUGGACCUUCCUUUAUCAUCCAGUUUCUCAAAAUGCAGGGACCAUAUCGAGCCAUGGUCUGAUGGAUAUCUUCCCUGAUGAUGUACAAAAUAUGAAUGGCUUUCGUGAUAUCAUUCUGUAUAUAGUAUCUAGGCUACAUGGUGCCCAGAAUGGAUAAAAGAUGAAUUGUCCCAUACACUAUACUACAUGCAAACUGCAUUGUUAGUAUUGUGUAUGUGUGUAUAUAUAAUAUAAUAUAUAGAUUGUAUAUUAUAUUAUAUUAUAAAACAUAAAUAAUAUAAAACAGGCAAAUUUAAGACCACAUGUAUGUGUUCCUGCUCAUAGAGGAAACAUAGCCAUUUAGAUUUUGUUUUUCAUUGUAAAUGCUUGUUAAAGUUUUCUUUAGUGAAUUUGAUGGCUAUCUGGGUAAUCUGGGGUACCAGUUCACUGAAAAUAAUGUCAGCUGCUGAUCAAUUUAAGGGAAAGUAUUUUUAAGCCAAGCCUUUUCCUGUUGGAUAAAAAAGCAACUUAGUCACACAAAUUAUCUUAUCAUUCCUUGUAGUUCACACUUUGUGACAAAAAAUCUAUUGGAAUUAUUUGUAUUUUCCUUUGUUCUGGAAAGUCCUUUAACUUAUUUUAAGUUUUAAAACAAAUGGUCUUGUAUGUUUACAGUCAGGGUAUGUCACUGGAUUUGGGAGUAGGGUGGGGAUUUACUGUUUUAUUGAAUCUAGAAGUUAUAUUCUUCUGCUGAGGGCUUUUUAUUGACUGAUUCAUAUUAUAACAAAAAUGUAAGUAACUAGUUAGUGGGAAAAAAUAAGUCCAACAGAAGCUUGAGUUCCUUUGAAUUCAUCAGUUAUAAGCAUAUCAUACUGAAGACGCAAUUAUUUUAUGGUUGCCUCAUUUAGCAUAAGCAACAUUUUUCACUUUAAGAAUUGACAAAUUUGUAGAAAAGUGUCAUGUUCUGUUAAGAUUUAGUAUUGCAUUAAUGAUGGCUCUAAAAUGCAACAGAUAAUUGUAAGGGUUUUCCUGGUCUUUGUGCAAUUAAUGAAUGUGUCUUUUUUUGAAACCCUGCGGUAUACGUAAAAUGUAUGGUCGGUUGACAAUGUUACUCUGGUUUUAUAUCUUGCCUUGCCUUGUACAUCCUUCCAUUAUUAUGGAGCGUCUGCGUCAAAGCACAAUAUCUUCAUGCUGUGCUGUUUUGCUGCUGAACUAAAUGCACUUUUCCCUAUAAAGAUGGGACACUUGCUUCAAAAUAAUCAGUUCAGUACCAUGAUUUAUUCUCUUAACCUCAUCCUAUCAAUCUCAGUAUUAAAGACUGGUCUGUUUGGAAAAAAAAAAAGGACACCUUUUCAUUUGUAUUUAGAAUGUAAUUGCUCAGUAGAAAACCGUUAAGUGAUUGAAUAGAAAACAUAUGGUUUACUGUCAUUUUCAUGGCUGUACAAAGGGCUAAUGAUGCUGCAGUGAUACUUGCUACUGCACUUGGGGUACCAUUUCAAAUUGUUUGCUCACAUAGCAAUUACAUUCCAGAUAGAUUUGUUUUCAAUGUCAGUUCAUUAUGAUGGGUUUGCUUAAGGGAUGCUAGAAUUUAAAGGGUUUGUUCUUGUUUAAAUUAUUCAUUAUAGAUGUCAGAGAAUUUUUUCAUCUGUUGAAAAAGGUUUUGUAUUUUUUUAUUUUGAUAUUAAGGUCUGUUUGAUAGGCACAAUCCAGAGAUAGUUGUAUGUUUAUCCUCUUGAAAUCAACACAAUUUACUGAAGGUUGCACUCAUAAACACCAAUAAGCUCUGAGUAAAUAUUGCUUAAGAUAGUUUUGUAAGACCCAUUGAUUUUAGUGGUUUUGGAUGUUCCUUUAGGUUGAGUCAACAUAACUUACUGCCUUGAUCUAUUCUCUCUGAGGUGAAUUUUAGCAUUCAUUAAUUUUAUCUCUGGCAAGAAAGAAAUCCCUUAAGAAAGGCAGGUAGAGAUAUAAAACCUUAAAGGGCUAUUUUUGAUGUCACUGGAUUUACAAAAGAUCAUUGGGUUGGAUCCAGAAUUACAUAUACAUAAUUGGGCUGAUAGAAGGGAUCUCAUAGAGGGAAGUGCUGAAUUUGACAAGCCUUUGGGAUUGUUUGCUGAAAAGGAAGAAGCAGCUGCAUGAACAUUGAUAACAGUCUCUUUUGUAAGAGUGUCCCUCUUUGUCUCUCAGACAUUGGGAAACUCCAUGGAGAAACUCAGACCAUAGGUCACUGGGAAACUAAUGUGGAGAAAGGAAUCCAAUCUUACUAGUCCUAUUGACAGUAUAGCUGAAUUCAUACCAUCGAUUUCCCACCAUUUACUUUAAAGUCAAUAUAUGAAUAGCUAAUUAACCUAGAUACUUGUUGAUACUGAUGUAUCGUUUCAGCUGUGUACAAGCAAUCUGUCUGAACAUUGAAGUGUUAAAAUGCAAAGAUGCUUAUAGUGGUGGUUAAAAGAUUAAAAUCUACUUUUUGCUGAAGCUGUAAACUUGUUCCAUUGAUUCAGUAUGUGUGAUUUUAUAUGUUGCCCACAUGCACUUUUAUUUUAGGUGGAAAUAAUCUUUUUCAAACCAAUUGUUUGUCUUACUUUUUAAAGCCAGAGUUUAGCCAUGUAUUGAAAAUUGUUCUAGGAAGGAUUGAAGGAAUCUCAGUAUAAAUUUUUACAGAGUUAAAGUAGGAUAGUAUGCUCAUAGUAGGCAGGAUUCACCUGCCACUUAGUGGAAUUGUGGGCAGGUAGUUUAGUCUGUAAAUAUAUUGAUGUAAUUAUUCAUGUUGCAAGGAUUACAUGACUAUUUUUCUCUAGAAAAUCACUUGCAUGUUAGAAACUCUUUUUACUUUUCACUGAUCUUAUUUUUUAAAUGCCUGAAAACAGCUUAAAAAAGCAGUGGAACUGAAAAACCUUUGCUUCAGCAUAAUAUGUAAAUCAAGAUUGAAAUAUAUUCUGGUAUUUGGAACAGAACCCAUGAAACUCCCAACUUUUGUUUAGAUUUAGUUUUUGCUAAAUGAGAAUAACUUCACAAGAAAAUGUAAUAAAUUAUUGGCUAAAAGCAUUAUAUAUUGCAGAUAAUUGUCAUUUUGACUUUAAAAAUUGAAUUUAUGAUUCCUGAAAAAUAUGUAGCCUUUUGUAUUUUUUCUUUCCUUGGCAAAAUGAUGGAUUUCAACCAGUUAGAUCUAGGAAGGUUUAUGAACUGUACUGAAAGGAUUGACUUGGCGCCAAUCAGAUUUGGAGAAGCAAUUCUAGGAUUGAUUGAUUUUUACUGAGGAAUUUAAGAAUAUGUCUUUAGAGAAUUUUGCUUUCUCUUGUUUACUAUAUAUUAUGUAAUAAUACUAAUUCGGUUCCACCUUUUGGUAAAACUUCAGAAUUUGUGACAAUCUUUCCAAGUCUCUCUGAAAGGUUCUGAUGGCAGACAAUGCAUCUCUUCCAAUAAGAAAGAUCUGUUUAGUUCUACAUGUUUAAUAAGGUUUGUAUAUAACAGUAAACCUUAUAGCCAAAUUUAAUUUUUGCUUUAGUAAAUCCAUCCCAAUUAAGAAACAGUGACUUUCUUUUUCCAACAAACUACAAUUUGAAACCAAGGUUGAGUUAUUUUAAAGCUUACACCUCCUAUAUCUGAAUGCACAAUUGUGGCUUAUCUUUGUUUUUGUUGUUUGUCCGUUUUUUCAGGUUAUUGGAAAGAAGUUGGCAAAAACAAAACAAACGGAGCCAUAUAAAAGAGCGACUAUGCUUUGUCCAUAUUCAACAACCCCUAGCUUAAUACUUACGAAUAUAGCCUUAUAUUUGUUCAGAAUGUCUAAAGUAGAUUUCCUAGCAUAUCUGGAAAAAUCCUCAGGCCUCUUUCAACAGUUGCUACCAAAGUUUAAUUUUUAAUAUGACAGAAGGGGAAGGUUAUUAAAUAUAUGAGUAAUCAUAUCAAGAAUCUUUUAAUUUAAUUUUAAUAUAUUAAAUCAAAUCUAGUUUUUGUUCUGGUCCUAAUUCUGGAGUAAUGUCUUCCACUUGUUUCUCAAAGGCCAAGUGCAGCUCUUAAAUCAAAAAAAGUUCCACACCUCUGCUAUGGAACAAAGAUAAAGUCUCCCCUAAUUGCAUGUAAUGCAUAUGUUGUCAAUAUAGUUAUGAUAUACUUUGUUGGAUGAGCCUUAUGUUGCUGUGCUACAGUAGCUAAUAGGAUUUUAAUGGCAAAUAGGACAGAAGGACUCUUCUUGCAGCAACCUAAAUUACACUUGCACUAUUGAAGUAGCCUCUUAGAAUUAUAAGCAUGGUAUCUCUGUCGUGAUACUUUUAGAGAGAGAUAAAAGUAAGUCCCACUAUCUAGGAAUAAAUUAGAACAUUGAAAUAAUUUUUGGCACUAUUUGUCUUUUCAAAAUGAGUUUAUAUGUCUUUGUCCUAUAUCAUGCUUAGAUUUUAAUAGAAACUAAAAGGCUACAUUCAGGGACAAAUUAAAGGAAAAGAACUGAACAGUGUAAUUGUCUUAAAGGUUUCCCCAAACUUCCUUGGUGGAUAUUUUAGAAAUUGUUUCCGUUAAUAAUUUAAAGUUCAUUAUCUUUGCAAAUGUAUAGGGUGAAAUCUGAUAUUGUAUGAAUGAAUUUUAGCUGGCAAAACAGGAGUUUCUCCACUGCCAUCACCAACCUCCAGCAGAACUCCCAGUGCUCUUCCAAAAUCUACUCUGGAGUGUGCCCCCAUCUCUCAGGGCAUUUUGAGACUCUGAGCUGAGAUCUUCAGGGGAGUAAAUUACUUUUCCUUAGUUCUGGAGGACAGCCAUCAGCAGAAAAGAGCAUUGGAUUCCAGCAUUGGGUUUGGAAGAGAAUUUUACACACUAAAAUAGUUUGCCAAACAUUUCUAAGAAGAGAGAUCUACUUGCAAUCAACAGGACAAGCAAAUUUUAAGGUGGCAUGUUUCACUUGGGCAGUUUUUGAAACUGAACCUCGGAAUGGUUUUAUAUCCUUCACAUAUCAGCCGAGGGGUAGGGGUACAAAAUCUUUCCCGACUAUUCAAAAACCUGAAUGCAACAGACCAUUUGUAAAGCCAAUAUUGCACUUCCAUUGUAUCUUUAAUCAGCAUGUCAGAACUCGCUUUUAAUUAGGUAUACACUUGGCAGUAAUUUGCACAAUACACCAACAUUAAAAGGCACAUGUAAGACAAUUGCUAACGAUAAUAUCUGCAAGAAAUACCUGAUGGCUUUUUUAUUCAACAAAGAUCUGAAGAUUCUGUUCAUUGUUUCAAUGUUGCAGUCUUAAGCAGGACAAUACACAAUUCUGCCUGAUUCUAUGAGUCCAUGCUAAUUUGUGAGUUGAUAAUGAAAGUGUGUAAACAGCCUACAAAAAUGUACUUUCUGAAUUCUUGUAAUGUUGAUUGUUAUGUCUAUAAAAUAUUGCCUUGCCUUUUUAUAAGUCAUUCUGUAUCAAUGUAUUCAUUAUAAAUAGUAUAUUUGUAAAGGAACCACCACUGAGUCUUUUGGACGUUUUCUACCAAUCAAGUCUAAUUUUGUCUAUAAAACUGCAGCAUUGCAGUUGAUUGAUA